AUGCUCAGCCGUCUCCUUGGACCCGCCACAGCUCGCAGAAAUGCUCGUCAACUAGGUUCUGCCGUUGGCUUUCUGGGAGUGAUACUAUCUGGCGUGCGUACCAUAUACGCGGAUGAUGAAAUAGAGCACGGCGACGACGCCCCCGAGCCACUGCUUCGAAGACUGAUCUCUGAUGCGGCAUCGCGGUACAGAACACCCUCAGAAGAACCCCCCUCCUCGAAAGCCGACAGUGUAUUGAGAAAGUACGAGGGCAGUGGCGUUAUUAAAGGGGACACUGGUAUCGCUCGAUUUGAUGACAUAUCGGUUCCCUGCGAGUCAAUCAAAUGCAGCGAGCUCGCGAUAAAUUCGAUAAAACUCAGCACAGGAAAUUCUUGGACAUUAUUCGGGCUCUACGACGGGCGCAAUGGACCCCAUACCAGCAAUUACCUUGGACGAGUGCUCCUUUCCACCAUUCUCGAUUCCCUCUUGUCAGUCUAUACCAAAUACACUGCUCAACCUGAUCAACAUAUGCCAUUAGAAUACUCUACGAUAGAUGCGCCACCGAACGAACCUCUCACGAACGCACUGGACAAAUCAUUCAUAGAAGCCUUUCUUGAGGUUGACCGGAACGUCGUCGAGUCCCCUGUGGAAGCCCUUCCUUCAAACCCAUCCCGCAGUCACGCCGUGAGUAUGCUUGAGGUUGCUCAAUCUACGUCAUCAGCUUUAGUUAUGCUUUACGAUUCCGAUACUCGUCUCCUCAAGGUCGGUCUGACUGGCGACUCACGAGCUGUUCUUGGUCGGAACAUUGGUCGCCACAGCGGUCGUGCUGUAUACAAUGUUCAUGUCUUAACUACGGAGCAAGACACGAACAAUCAGGCUGAGCUAUCUCGCCUCCGUGGAUUGCACCCGAACGAGAAUUUGAUGGUCGACAAUCGUUUGCUAGGCCGGGCGACUACUCUCCGUUCGUUCGGUGAUGCCGCCUUGAAAUGGAGCAAUGAUGUUCAGCAACGCCUUCACGAGGACUAUUUCGGCGAUAGACCGCUACCCGGUGCAAAGACGCCACCAUACAUCACCGCAGAACCCGAAGUCACGACCUUCGAAGUACAACCGGGCGAUUUUCUCAUAAUGGGCUCGAGCGGUCUGUGGAAGUCACUCACCAACGAGGAAGCCGUGGGGUUGGUCGGGGUAUGGCUUGAAAGUCAAUCAAACCCAUUCGACGAAGACAAUAUCCUACGACCCCCUGGUGAUGGGCAAAAUGAUGAUGAAGGACAAGCUCGUAUCAUCCGCCGAGAUCAACUCCCCAUCAGGCUACGCGAAGAUGACACAUCCAUGUACUCGCGUUGGCGAACGGAAAAGAAAUUUAUCGCCGUCGAUGACAAUGCAGCCACCCAUUUAGCUCGAAAUGCCCUGGGUGGAGCAGAUAGAGAUCUUACAGAUGCGUUGUUGAGUGUUUUUCCACCGUUUGCUGCGCGGUUGAGGCCUGACAUUAGUACCAUUGUUGUGUUUUUCAAAGAUUGA